AUGAGAAAUAAAAGUGUAAUGGGUCAGCCAAUUUGAAGCUGCAGUAUCAAAACAUGUAUUUUGUGAGAUGUUUUGUGAUAUUGAAACUGUUGGUCUUUUUGUUAAAGAUUAAAAAUUCAGGAGAUAAAACUAUUUCACAAGACUAAGAAAUCAAUUCCAAAAUAUCAUCCCCGGCAUUUCUCAGUUUGAAGCUUGGUAAACAGAAACGUCGUGCUUCUGAGAACGGCCGCACUAAAACGGGUGAUAAUACUGCCAUCUAGUGGAGACAUACAAAAAUGCAACCCAAAAAUGAUUUAAGCGGUUUUAUAUUUUGGCAUUUUUGCAAUAUUGCCUUAAUACUUUAAAUUAGAGCGAUGUAUGACCGUCAUUUAGACUCGGUAGACUCGUGGUAAUCUUUAUUUUUGCUAUGGUUUUCGUUGAAAGCCGUUUAAUAUUAAGCACAAUAAAGCUGAUCUACAUGUCUCUACAGUGUUGUUUGAUCCCGUGCAUAUCGCAUAAAUCAUUCAUGAUUGGGCAUUUCCUGCUUUCUAUUUUUAGAGAGUGGCAGAGAGCAAAUACAGCAGGCUUACGUCACGGGUUGUCAUGUAUAUUUAAGGACUCUGGUGCACCCCUCCUCUCGCUCUCUCUCUCUCUCUGUCAGUAACAUACCCAUCCUCUGCUUCAUGGAUAUGGCCACCCAGCUGCUCCAUCCAUCCUAUCCGCAGACCACGUGACCCACUUCUCCCAUGUCCUUCACUAGUUCAUUCAGCAUGAUGGCUGCGGAUGCUGCGGAUGCUCUCUGCUGCAUCCUGCAUCCGCGCCGGCUCUCUCUCCUCCUCCUCACUGUCACCCUCUCAUCUCUGCCGGACCCAACAGCAGCGCUGCUCGGCGUCCGGCCGGAGGAUACUGAUAGAGGAGAGCUGUCCGUGCAGGGUGGGAUACUAAGGGCGACCGAGGGGACCCGCUUCAUGCUGAGGGUUUACUACACUGCAGCUCUUGCCGCGGAGCAUCCCAACAGCCCAAACAUCAGCGGCAGACCUGAUGCUGCUUCUGCCGCUCCGUGGAUAGCGUUUAUUGAGGAACCAGGCGAUGACAGUGGGGAUUCGGAGAGGCGACUCCGGUCCAGAGGGAAUCCGUGUGACGAGGAAAAUGCUCGGAGUUCGGACAUCGAGCUUCUGGGCUCCUUCAGAUCCACCUCAAGUCAGAACUCAGUUUUGGUGGAGCUGCUCGCGAAGGACCUGCGCAGAGGAGAGGCGAUCAAAUACUACUCCAUGUGCGCAUUCGAUGGAGUGAAAUGGGAGCAUUUCAGCACCAAAGACUUUUGGUUGGCGGUGGUGGAGAGACCUCAAGAGGCGGAUGUUUGGCUCCAGACGGGGGUCUCCGUGCUGCUGUUGGCGCUGUCUGCGCUUUGCAGCGGGCUGAACAUCAGCAUGCUGGCUCUGGACCCCGUGGAGCUUCGGGUCCUGCAGAACAGCGGCACGGAGAAGGAGCAGAAAUACGCACGGAAUAUAGAGUCUGUGCGUAAACAUGGAAACUACAUCCUCUGCACGGUAGUGCUGGGCAACGUGCUUACAAACACAUGCUUUGUGGUGUGGAUGUGCCAGAUUUUAGGAAUGACUGCACUUUCAACUGCCUCAUGCACUUUUGGGAUAUUCUUUAUUGGAGAGAUUUUACCUCACUCCGUGGCGUCCAGGCACAGCCUCGCCAUCGCGUCCAAAACGCUCUGCGCCACCCGCCUCCUCAUGCUGGUCUUCUUCCCCAUCGCGUACCCCGUCUCAAAGAUCCUGGAUUUCUUACUGCACCAGGAGAUCAGCAGCUUCUACACCAGGGAGAAGUUGGUGGCCAUGCUGCGCGUCACAGACCCGUACCACGACCUGGUGAAAGAGGAGCUCAACAUCAUCCAAGGAGCGCUGGAGCUGCGAACCAAAACCGUGGAGGACGUGCUGACCCCACUGUCAGACUGCUACAUGCUCUCCUCGGACGCAGCGCUGGACUUCUGCACCAUGUCCGACGUGAUGCAGAGCGGGUUCACGCGGAUCCCGGUCUACGAGAACGACAGGUCCAACAUCGUGGACAUCCUGUUCGUGAAAGACUUGGCCUUCGUGGAUCCCGACGACUGCACUCCUCUGAAAACAAUCACUCAGUUUUACAAGCAUCCAAUGCACUGCGUGUUCAAUGACACCAAGCUGGAUGUGAUGCUGGAGGAGUUUAAGAGAGGUAAGUCCCACCUGGCCGUGGUGCAGAGGGUGAACAGCGAGGGGGAGGGAGACCCUUUCUAUGAGGUGAUGGGCAUUGUCACCCUUGAGGACGUCAUAGAGGAGAUCAUCAAGUCUGAGAUCGUGGACGAGACAGACCUGUACACCGAUAAUCGAACCAAAAGGCGGGUAUCACACCACGAGAGGAAGCAGCAGGAUUUCUCCAUCUUCAAACUUGCAGAAAACGAGCUGAAGGUUAAGAUCUCACCCCAGUUGUUGCUGGCAACACACCGCUUCUUGGCCACAGAGGUGGAGCCUUUCAGACCCUGUCACCUGUCAGAGAAGAUCCUGCUGCGUCUCAUCAAGCAUCCCAGCGUUGUGCAAGAACUCAAAUUCAAUCCGAAGAACAAACACGCUCCUCAACACUACCUCUUCCAGAGAAACAAACCUGUCGACUACUUUGUCCUCAUCCUGCAGGGCCGGGUGGAGGUUGAGAUAGGAAAGGAGGCUCUGCGCUUUGAGAAUGGAGCAUUUUCCUACUAUGGCAUGCCAGCACUCAUCCCCCCCCUGCCUAUCGGUCAGAGGUAUAGUUCCCGAGGUAGCGGUCUAAACCAAUCAGAUUCCUUACUGAGCGGAGGCAGUGUGGGUCAGCUCACUGCAGGAGGAGGGGCUUACUUACCCGACUACUCUGUGCGCCAGCUGACAGACCUGCAGAUCAUCAAGAUAACUAGAAACCACUACCAGAAUGCCCUCACAGCCACCAGGAUGGACAGCUUCCCACAGACCCCAGACUCAUUGGAUCUUAAAGAAAGGCCUCCGAUCCCAGAGGCCCGCUCGCACAGCAUCGCCCUCCCCCUCACGCACACGCACACUCGACUGGGGCUGGCACGCCUUGCACAUCUGCAUCCCCAUGGUGGCCUUCGCAACAUGUCCCAGCUCAAUGAGAGAAACAGAAUCGUUCGCAGUAAAUCUGACGGGCAGAGGAGUCCCAAUGAUACUGUGUUCCUCCGCAUGGAUGAGAUUCCCUACAUCCACGAGGACCGACCAGACAUUUAUGGAGAGAAUGAUGUGCCUAUAGAGUCUCUGCCGUCCACCUCCCCGUUCAUCAGCUCCCGCUCUCUGUCCAGCUCUGAGGAGAACAUUGGAAAGAAGCUGCUGCGUAAACUGAGUAACAAGAGGCGGAAAAAGUCUCGAGAUGAGGAAAAAAGUUUGGAGGAACGUUCGGAGGGAAGUUCAGAGCAAUUACCAGCCGCAAGCUAGCGCUGUCAGACUGAGGAGGAGGGAUGAAGCACACACCUUCUUCCUCUUCAUCAUUCACAGGUUCUCACCACUUAACAACAGUCAACCCUUCAUAAACUCUCUCCGCGCUUCACCAUGACUCUCACAGGAGACUGAGCCAUCAUACCUUGCUGUACUCUCUGUCCCACCUCUGCCUGACUUCACACCCUUAAAGCGACGCUACAAUAGGGACGGGUCUUAUAAAAACUUGAUUGGACAAAUCUAGACAACGUAGUUUUGGAUUUAUCUAGCCUUACACUGGACUGUGUGGACCUCACAUGUUUUGAAUUAGCAUGUGUUAGCAUUUCAUGGUAGCCUUUAGCCAUAUUGCUAACAUUGAAGCAUGUCAUUUUAGCCAUAAUGUGUUAACGCAGCAUAGCGAUCAUGUCUGAGCCAUUUUUCACCUUUUACUUGGAUUCAACUAUAAAAAGAGUAUUUAUUAUUUAUUUGUUAAGACGAGGCCGUUCCAACACAAUGAUAAUGUGUUUUGCACAGGGAACUGUGUUCAUGUUGCCAUAAGGGUGCCACUUACUGCCAAACACAACUCAACACACUAGCCAUCAGCCAACACAAGGGGUGCACCGAUUGAGAAAAUAGUAUCAGAUUAAUAAAUAGAAGAUAAAUAGAAAAUACUGAUUCCAGUGUUACUAACAACAGUGUUGCCGAUUCAAAUACCAAUGUUUUUAAGAUAUCUGUUGUUGCAUAUUUAAUUCAAUUGCUUUAAAAGCUUCCUCAGCCUGCUUUACAAUCACAAACUCAGCAUUUUUUUAGAGAUUACACAGCCCAACAAAUCUCCCGAAAAAAAGCAUGUAAUGUAAUUUAACCCAGAAUUUCAUCCUGCUUUCUAUAACAGUGAAUAGUUUCACCCAUCAAAAAUCUUUGCCUUGUAACAUGUAAAAA